UGUUGAGCAAUUGGCACGUGUUUAUGUUCGCGUUAAAAUCUUAAAUUGAAUUUCUUGCUGUAAAUAAAAAUAAUGCUGCGUAUUUUGAAGACAAGCGCCCUAUUGCGUGCGCAAACAAAGAAUUUCGCGGCGACGGUGACUUAUUCGGUGAUGCCACAGCCUCAAACAACUCCAGAUGUGCUUUAUACCGGCCUUUUUAUUAACAAUGAGUGGCACAAGAGUAAGUCGGGAAAAACCUUCACAACUAUUAACCCAACUACUGAGCAGACUAUCGCCGAAGUGCAAUCUGCCGGUAAGGAAGACAUCGACAUUGCUGUAAAUGCAGCCCGUCAAGCAUUUAAAUUGGGAUCCCCUUGGCGUCGUAUGGAUGCUUCUGAUCGUGGACGUCUUCUUUAUCGGCUAGCUGAUUUUAUUGAACGCGAUCAGACCUACUUAGCCAGUUUGGAAACAUUGGAUAAUGGCAAACCUUACAGCAUGUCAUAUAAUGUUGAUUUAACUAUGGCUAUUAAGAAUCUGCGCUAUUUUGCCGGAUGGGCUGACAAGAAUCAUGGCAAAACCAUUCCAAUGGAUGGGGAAUUCUUCACACAUACCCGUCAUGAGCCCGUUGGCGUGUGUGGUCAAAUAAUACCCUGGAAUUUCCCUAUCCUAAUGAUGGCUUGGAAAUUGGGUCCCGCGUUGGCUACUGGCAACACUAUUGUGCUAAAACCGGCGGAACAAACUAGCUUAACCGCACUCUACAUUGCGCAAUUGGUAAAGGAAGCUGGCUUUCCUGAAGGAGUUGUAAAUGUAGUGCCAGGAUUUGGAGAUGCAGGAGCCGCUCUGGCUAAUCACACCGAUGUCGAUAAGGUGGCCUUCACGGGGUCCACUGACGUAGGAAAACUCAUUCAGCUAGCCUCUGGGAACAGCAAUCUUAAACGUGUAACUCUGGAGCUCGGUGGCAAAUCGCCAAACAUCGUACUCGCGGAUUCUGACUUGGACUAUGCGGUUGAGACGUCCCACUUCGGUCUUUUCUUCAAUAUGGGUCAGUGCUGUUGCGCCGGCUCACGUACUUUUGUAGAGGAUAAGAUUUACGAUCAGUUUGUCGAGCGCAGUGCAGAGCGUGCUAAAAAGCGUACAGUAGGUAACCCCUUUGAUCUCAACACUGAGCAGGGUCCUCAGGUCAACGAAGAACAAAUGGAGAAAAUCUUGGGUCUCAUUCAAACUGGUAAGAAGCAGGGAGCAAAAUUAGUAGCUGGAGGUAGCCGACCGGAGGGUAUGCCAGGUUACUUUGUGCAGCCCACGGUAUUUGCCGAUGUUAACGAUGAUAUGACCAUAGCAAGAGAGGAGAUUUUCGGCCCAGUUCAGCAAAUCAUUCGAUUCAAAAAACUUGAUGAAGUCAUCGAGCGAGCUAACAAUUCAGAGUAUGGCCUGGCCGCUGCUGUCUUCACAAAGGACAUUGACAGGGCCAAUUAUAUUGUGGGAGGUCUACGCGCCGGGACUGUCUGGGUCAACACCUACAAUGCGCUUUCCUCACAGGCACCUUUUGGUGGCUACAAGAUGUCUGGCCAUGGACGAGAAAAUGGCGAGUAUGCGCUUUCCAAUUACACUGAAGUGAAAAGUGUAAUUAUCAAGGUUCCACAGAAGAACUCCUAAGCUCGCUUGUACACUUUCCACAAUGUGUAUCUGAUAUCUUAAAAUUCGUAUCCUUUUCUUAAACCAUUGAACAAUUAUAUAAUAAAUAAAAACUCCCGAUAAAUGAUUAACUUCGCUCUUUAAGCUUAUGUUCAGUAUUACCGGUUCAGGUAAUUGAUUGAUAAAAAAUCCAACCUUUAUUGAUUGGCGCAUAUCCAUACAAAAUAUGAAAUCUAAGCGAAAAACUAAUGCUAUGCUAGCGCAUCUGCAUCAUUGGAUAUGAGUUCAGAAU